AUAAUUCGCAUCGAUUUGUUUGAACAUUUCGCGAGCAUACCUGAUGACGACUCGUCGGUUGUCGGUUUGUUGUGUUUGUGUUACGCGUCUGUCCAAAUAUCUACAAUACAGUUGUUAUUUUGCCAUUUUGCAUGCUCGAAGCCCCCUCAGUUGAUUACCGUUUAUCAUCGCUAUCGCGACUAAAUUGUAGAGUACAACCGAGGUGUUGUAUUCUUGUGACGUUUCUAAGAAGUCAUCAUUACUUGGUUGAGUAAAUUUGGGUGAUCGCGUGUUAGAAAUAUUUUUCGGCUUCCGACAAACUAGUUUUCGUCAAAUUGUUGGACGUACUACAUGUUUGAACAAACAAGACAAUUAUAUUUUGUGUUUUUAGUUCAUUACUUUAUAGUUUAGUCUAGUGUGAGGUGGAAUUCUUUAUGUGACAAUAGAAAUAUUCUUCAACAAAAAAAACUAACAAAAUGCAAUAUCAAAUUCAUAGUGAAACAUGUGCAAGACCAAGGAAUAUUCAACAAAGGGCAAUGGAUACGAGUAAUGAUAGAGUGAGCAGCGCUGCGACAGAAUAUCGAACACCAUGUGCCAGUUUGCAAAGUUCUGGUUCAUCGUCAGGGGGUUCAGAUACAAGAAAUUUGACGACUUCAAUGUUUUCUGAAGUAAUCACACGCCCAUCGUCAAUGGACUCAUCUUUAGAUGGUCGAAGAAUACGCAGUAAAUCAAUGUCUAAUAUUUGUCCAAAUGAUUAUACUCCCGGAGAAGUUAGAAGAAUACGAGAAAGAUUAUUAAGAACAAAUUCACAUUUAGAACCGUCAGCAAUUAAAAAGUUUUCAAGCGCUCAGAAACGUACUUUAGCAUCAUUAGCCAUUAUUGAUUUUAUGGCAUUUUGCUCAAUGUCCAUCAUGGCGCCGUUCUUUCCAAAAGAAGCUAAAGAAAAAGGACUCAGCGAAUCAGUAUCCGGAUUUGUUUUCAGUUUUUACGCUUUGGUGAUGUUUAUAGCAUCGCCAAUAUUUGGAAAAAUAAUGCCAAGAUUGGGUGCCAAAUUCCUAUUUUUAAGUGGAAUGGUAACUGCUGGAAUUUGCAACUUAAUGUUUGGAUUAUUAGAAUACGUCGAAGAUUACACAUUGUUCACAACAUUUUGUUUGCUGAUAAGAGGCUUGGAGGCGUUGGGCGCGAGUGCUUUUUCAACAGCAAGUUACGUUUUUGUUGUUAAAGCAUUUCCUAAUCAAGUCGGAUCGGUUUUGGGAAUAUUGGAAACCUUUAUAGGUUUAGGAAUGAGUACUGGUCCCGCGUUAGGAGGAAUUCUCUAUUCGCUAGGUGGAUUUGCCUUGCCAUUUUUUUCGCUUGGUGCGACAAUGCUCAUCAUUACGCCAAUCAACGUCUGGUUACUACCACAAAUUCAAGAGUACAAUGUUGAUGAUAAAAAUACAUCAACCAUGACGUUACUCAAGUUACCCACUGUUAUCAUGACAAGCGCCAUUGUUAUUGUUGUUUCCAGCACAUGGUCGUUCUUAGAUCCAACUUUAGAACCACAUUUAAGACAAUUUGAUUUGUCACCUGAGAAAGUAGGUCUGAUCUUUUUACUAUUUUCUGGUCUGUACGGAAUCUCCAGCCCGGGAUGGGGCUGGCUCGCAGACAAAUGUCAUAAUCAUUGGGCCCUAAUGAUCUCUGGAAUGUUUUCCUGUACUGUAGGACUGUUACUUUUAGGACCAUGCCCAUUAUUUACGUUUCUAUCACCAUCUCUAUGGUUGAAUAUCAUUGCACUCUCAAUUUUAGGUAUAUCUGUGUCAUUAUCGUUACUUCCAACGUUUCAGAGUGUUUUAUCUAGUGCCAUUGAAGGUGGUUGUUCAGAUUCUUUAAGCACAUAUAGUGUAGUGGCUGGUGUUUGGUCCUGUAUGUACUCCCUGGGUGAAGUAUUAGGACCAACUUUAGGAGGAAUUUUGCAAGAAAGUUAUGGAUUCCCAGUGACUUCAACAAUCAUGGCGUCUGUAACGUUUUUCUUGGGCAUAAUGGGUUGCAUAUUUUUCUCGGUGAAAACCAAACCCAAGAAACUAGGCUACUCUCGUAUUCCCAGCAGUGAAGAUCUUACUGAUUCAUGGAAGAGCGGAUUAAGUCGUCAUUCCGAAACAGAGAAACCCGCAUAUUAUUCACUUUUGGAUCCAGACUUUCGAUUACAAACCAAUGGUAUACUCUAUGGCGAUUCGAAAAAAAUUGAUGACUAUCGCAUUGGAUAUGACAAAUUGAAUAACGUUGGCUAUACGCAGAAAGGCGCCUGCGAAGUCUGAAACCGCACUGAAAAUGUGAUAAUGUAAUAAUGUGAUUUAUUUACCAGUUAUUACUAAUUAAGAUUAAUGUGAUUAACCAACUAUCUGUUUAUUAUCUAGAUUUAAUUUACUGCAGAUUGUUAUACUGUACUACUGAAAGUUUAAAGCGUGUAAUAUUUACAAAUAAAUAGUAUCGUCAAGUUA